AUGUCUUCCGAAUCCAGCUCCGUCGACUCAACCGACACCAAUUACCGUUACGCCGCCUACGCCAACCGCGUCCGCACAAUUCUCCUCUCCGCGCACCGCUAUGUCGCCUACACUUCCGACAUAGGCGAAUCCUUCCGCCCAGUCGCCCACCCCUGGCUCGUCCGCUCCGCCUACGGAAUCUCCUGGGCCUAUCUGAUCGGCGACGUAAGCCAUGAAGGUUACAAAGCGUACCUGCGCAACCGGCGCGCGCUCGUGCCGCCCGGCGAGACGUACAAGGAUGCCAGCGAGCUUCCGCAAGACCAGAUCAUUCGCGGCAUGGCGACGGGGAAUAUCGCAGGUCCGCUGGACGUGAGCGGGGAGGGCGAAAAAGAGCAGGAGCUUGCGCCGUGGUCUACGACGGAAAUCUCGCUAGCAGAAGAUUAUCGGAUGGUUAUGGCCAAGCGCGCCGUGUUCCAAGGAAUUGCCAGUAUGGGAUUGCCAGCUCUCACCAUUCAUAGUGUGGUUAAGUAUUCCGGGAGGAUGGUGAAGGGGGCGAAGACCACGCUUGUACGGACUUGGUUGCCGAUCGGGCUCGGUCUCGCGGUCGUCCCGUCAUUGCCUUAUCUUUUUGAUCAUCCCGUUGAAGAAGCUGUCGACUGGGCAUUCGGCACGGCACUGCGGAUCUAUGGCGGCGAAGACGCCGUUCCUCAGCUGUCCUGGGAAGAGUACAAGAUUGAGCGUGAAAAGGCGCGUGAGAUCAGACAGCAGGCAGAUGGAUCGUCUAUUUUCGAGUUGGUUGGGGAGCUUGUCUGGCUCAGGUAA